UUCCUAGUCAUUGCACCGCUCUUCGGGAAGCCGUGGAAUGCUUUCUCAUUAAGUUUGUCCUAAGUGGUGUGCCGUCUUGAAGGCCCAAGCGACGGGGAAGCAAGGAAGGAAUUCUAGACAGAAAGCAGCCGGAGCCCGGGCGGAACUCAGCGGCUGGCGAAGGAGCAAAAAGAAACCAUGGCGGUGGCCGUGGCAGCCGCCGCCGCCUACGAGGAGCUGAAGCUACACAUAACACCAGAGAAGUUUUAUGUGGAAGCUUGUGAUGAUGGAGCAGAUGAUGUACUUACCGUUGACAGAGUGUCCACAGAAAUCGCUCUCACAGUUAAAAAGGAUGUUCCACCUUCAGCAAUUACCAGGCAAAUAUGUGGUAUUUUGGGAACAAUCCGUCUAGUGGCAGGGACAUACCUUAUUGUAAUUACAAAAAAGAGAAAAGUAGGUGAAUUUUUCAAUCAUGUAAUCUGGAAAGCAACUGAUUUUGACAUCCUCUCUUAUAAAAAGACAAUGCUACAUUUAACUGAUAUUCAGUUACAGGAUAAUAAAGUCUUUUUAGCAAUGAUGAGUCAUGUAUUGAGUGUGGAUGGAUUUUAUUUUUCUACAACAUAUGACCUGACACACACCUUGCAACGGUUGGCUAAUACGAGCCCAGAGUUUCAAGAAAUGAGCUUGCUAGAGAGGGCAGAUCCACGGUUUGUAUGGAAUGGGCACCUUCUUAGGGAACUUGCUGCUCAGCCUGAGCUCCAAAGGUUUGCAGUUCCAGUUAUGCAUGGUUUUAUUAUUAUGCAUUCUUGUUCCAUUAAUGGCAAAUACUUCGACUGGAUUCUAAUUUCUCGAAGAAGCUGUUUCAGAGCUGGUGUGCGCUACUAUGUGAGGGGUAUUGAUUCUGAAGGACAUGCAGCUAACUUUGUAGAAACAGAACAAAUUGUACAUUACAAUGGAAGCAAAGCUUCUUUUGUCCAGACACGUGGAUCAAUUCCCUUUUUCUGGUCACAGAGACCAAACCUCAAAUAUAAACCAAAGCCACAGAUCAGCAAAACAGUAAAUCACAUGGAUGGCUUCCAAAGACACUUUGACUCGCAGAUUAUUAGCUAUGGAAAACAAAUGAUUGUUAAUCUGAUUAACCAGAAAGGCUCAGAAAAGCCUCUGGAACAAACAUUUUCAAAAAUGGUAAAUGGCUUAGGAAAUGGAAUGGUCAGAUAUAUAGCCUUUGAUUUUCAUAAAGAAUGCAGUCGUAUGAGAUGGAAUCGACUCCACAUUUUACUAGAUCGUCUUGCUGAACAACAAGAUGAAUAUGGCUAUUUUCUAGUUGAUGCAGAAGGGAAGGUGAUGAUGCAACAAGAAGGAAUAUUCCGCAGCAACUGUAUGGAUUGCCUGGACCGAACAAAUGUGGUUCAGAGCCUUUUAGCACGCCGUUCUCUACAAGCACAACUGCAGAGGUUAGGUGUUUUGCACGUCGGCCAGAGACUUGAAGAACAAGCAGAAUUUGAGAAAAUUUAUAAAAAUGCAUGGGCUGAUAACGCAAAUGCUUGUGCCAAACAAUAUGCUGGAACGGGUGCCUUAAAGACAGACUACACCAGAACUGGAAAAAGAACACAGUGGGGCCUAGUAAUGGAUGGUUGGAACUCACUAAUUCGUUACUAUAAAAACAACUUCUCUGAUGGAUUUAGGCAGGAUGCUAUAGAUCUCUUUCUUGGAAAUUAUUCAGUGGAUGAAGUAGAUUCUCUCAGUCCUCUUCACGUACAGAAAGAUUGGAAGUUUUUGGCUUUACCUAUUAUUAUGGUGGUUGCUUUCUCAAUGUGCAUUAUCUGUUUGCUUAUGGCUGGUGACACAUGGACAGAGACACUGGCCUACGUGAUGUUCUGGGGAAGUGCAAGUUUUGGAACUCUCGCUAUCAUCCUUUACAAUGGGAAAGAUUUUGUAGAUGCACCUAGGCUAGUCCAAAAGGAGAAAAUGGACUGAAUUUGUGCGUGUGGAAAGCGGCUUGGUAGAGAUGGCCCCUCAAAUCAUACUUGGAGUCUCUACUGACCUGCUUUCCACACCAACUUGUGGGGGGCAGGGUUAGCUUUCAUCUUUAAAGGGUGAGAAAGUGAUUCCACUUUGUUACUUGGUGGAGGGGACUGACUUUUUUGUCCUAUGUUGCAAUGAUUUUCGGAGUAUUGCAUUUGCCGGAGAACUUGCACACACAAGAGAUGGAAAUGAAAGCCAGAUAACAUUGUGGACUUACAGAGGGGGACUUGAAUUCCUAAAGAAUCUGUGAAGUGUUAUAGCCCAGCAGUACAGCAUUGUAAGUCUUAGACAGCUCCACUUCUAAGGAGGAUUAUGUUCUUCUGGUGUAUCAAGAGACCUGUCUGUUGCUAGGUUAUACUAAGGUAUGUAUCAGUUACCUUCUCUGAUACAUGGAAACGCUUUGCUUAUUAACAGUAACAAAUAAUUGCUGCUUUACUAAUUUCUGAUUGGGUAUCCAUAUGGUCAGUUUGUAAUUUUGCAAAUGCGAGGUGUAUAUUUUAUUAAGUCACUCAAACACGAUUUGUUUUCCUAGUUUUUCCUAAAUAAAGAACUUUUUUCCUUGAUAAAAAGAAAAUUUCUUCUACCAGCUGUGGAUUAGAAUAAUGCAAUAUUCUGUUAAAACAUUGUUGAGAGGAUGAGAUGUACAACUGAUUUUGCCUGGGAUAUGUCUUGUGCUGCUUUAAUGACUACUGCCCUUAGCUUUAGAUAACAAAUUUCCAUGUGAUUCAGAUUGUUCUGUCUUUUUUUAAAAAGAUGUACAUGAAAUCAAAGAAUGUAAAAAUGGUUAUUUGAACCCUCUCAUGCUAAAGGUCCAAAGUAUUCAUUUCUUUCUGAAGAAUCUCAAAUGUAGACAGAUUUUUGAAGUUGGCAAUCCAGUUGCUAUAUCUGUUGCCUUGGUUUUAGUAAGAAUAAUCUGUGGAAAAUUGAAUAAAUAUUUGAUAAUUUUUUCUUGGAACAAAUUCCAUGUUUGCACUUGGGAUCAGCAUCAGCUUUUUGUGCAUGCCAUAACUAUAUUUCUCUACAACUGUAACUCUCAAAAUGAGUAAGCUACAAUAUAGUCUUAAGCUGAUUAUUAAUAAAUAUGUGUCUCAACUCUAGUGCUUCCAAGCUUUGUAUUAAAACUAUACCUAAAUCAAGGACCAAUUUUAAACCAUUUUGUCUCCAUUUUAUAAUUUGUUUGUGUUCAGAACGAGUCAUGAAUCAACUUCAAGUACAGUGCACUACUAUAUUUUUAGUAAAUUCAGCUAUAUCUUCAAGAUUGAAAUUAUGUAUUUAAAUAAUAGAGAAUGUGUAGCAAGCUUUGGCAGAUACAGGUUGCCUCUCCUAAGCUAAAACAGAGCUGACUGCUGCAAUGUUUUCAUUGUAUGACAAUUGAACCUCUUACAGUAUAUGGACUUCGGAAACAGCAACUGCUAAUUUUAACCUUUGAAUGUUAUGGGAUUUUUUGGGUUUAUAUUAUCCUUUCAGUCAUUUGUAAUAAACAUAUGCAGUUCCUGUUUGCCUUUUAAAUAAUGCAGUUGAAAGAAUGGCAAUGGGGGUUUGAGUCUACUCAAAUACGUGAAAAACACAAGAAAGCUGUGCAUUAAAUGUAUGGUCUCAA